AAAAAGGUACUUUCAAAAAUGUCUAAAAGGUAAAACAUGGAGCCACAAGGAAAACACUGGACGACGACCGACAUAGAUUGACAACUUACAUAGACCGACAUCCAACAUAGAACAAUGAACUGACAUCAAGAGGGACGGAACGCUGAGAGUAAAUCGACAGGAGUAGUCGACACAUGUCAGACACAGGUUUCUUCAAUAAAGCCUUUCAGCAUGUCUGAACAUGACUGCCACUUAAGAAGGGGAAUAUUCGAGCUAUUAAGCUUAUCCGGAGUAAACAUGACAAUUUAUGGCAGUGCUUUUCCCUCUCAACUUGACAUUCUGCCAGGGGAAUUUGACAAAGGCCAUGUGACUGGCAAGGAGAUGGCAGGAGCUGCUGUUGCCAAGGCAAAAAAAAAAACUCAAAGACCAGUUUAUGUUGUAGGAAAUGCUUUUAACUACUAAAUAAGAAAAAAAGAAGAGCAAGGUGGAGUUUUGAAGCUGCUGUUAUUGCUUCAGAGAACCAACACAUUAAGAUGGUUCCUGCUGAGAACAUGAGCGUCCUCUCUGCAGCUGAUCCCUGCAUGAACUGCAGCUCCACCGCCUUCCCCGAGCUGGAUGUUGUCAAGGCUGUUUUGUUGGGGACGCUCCUGGUGGUGUUUGUUGUGUUCGGAGUCCUUGGCAACAUCCUGGUCAUCCUGUCGGUCUUGUUCCACCACCACUGGCGCUCCGUGACUCAUUACUUCAUCGCCAACCUGGCCGCCGCAGACCUGCUGCUCAGCUCUGCCGUUCUGCCCUUCUCCGCCACGUCGGAGGCUCUGGGCAGGUGGGUGUUCGGCCGCUCCUUCUGCAGCGUGUGGGCCGCCCUGGACGUCCUCUGCUGCACCGCCUCCAUCCUCAGUCUGUGCGUGAUCUCUAUCGACCGCUACUUAGCUGUCAGCUACCCUCUGAGAUACCCUGCCAUGGCGACCGGACGGCGAGGCCUGACUGCGGUAGCCGCUCUCUGGGGACUCUCGGCAGCGAUAUCAGUGGGGCCUCUGUUCGGCUGGAAGGAGCCCGAUCCAGAAGACGAGACAGUGUGCCGGAUAACGGAGGAGCCCGGCUAUGCUUUGUUCUCAGCUCUAGGAUCGUUCUACAUACCCCUGGCCAUCAUCCUGGCCAUGUACUGCCGUGUGUACAUUGUGGCAAAGAGAGAGACAAAGACCCUCAGGAAGGGCAGUGAGGGUGGAGGGGUGGAGACAGAGGGGGUGACACUGAGGAUACACAGAGGACAUGCUGCUCUGUCAGAGAAACAGGACGAUGAAGAGGGGAAAAAGAAGCAUAAACACUCCACGUUCUCCCUGCCGAGGAUGCUGAAGUUCUCAAGAGAAGAGAAGGCAGCCAAGACUCUGGGCAUUGUUGUCGGCUGCUUCAUUCUGUGCUGGCUCCCUUUUUUUCUGGUUUUACCCAUCGGAUCCAUCUUCCCAUCGUGUAAGCCUUCUGACACCAUCUUUAAGAUAACCUUCUGGCUGGGUUACCUCAACAGCUGCAUUAACCCCAUUAUAUACCCCUGCUUCAGCCAGGAGUUCAAGAAAGCCUUUCACAACGUGUUGCUAGGCCGCUGCAUGAGGACGGGGGGAUUAGCUGCCAAACCACAAGGACACAUUACCGCCCAUUCAUCCAGCCCGGGUCCCACGUCCAACACCUCUGUUCUCUCAACCCAAAGCUGUGUCUCUGACUCCUCAUGGGGUUGUUGCAGGGCACUUUCUACCUCAUCGCCUUCCCUUGGUGCGGAUCAGGCUCAGAGGACACAAAUCCAAAGGAAGAGUCUGCUGAAGGCGUGGUGUUUGUCAGCGAAUCGAACAUCGAUACCACAGAACCCCUCCAGUCAUGGAUCAGCUAAGGUCUUACGCCUCUCUCUUGGCGUUCCAGGAGAAGCGGUUUGAUUGGCAUGUUAAGGCAGAAAGAGGAUGUUUUACUUUCACCAGACUUGAACUUUAGCUAUGCCUCGGGGAAAGACUUAAGCUCAACUGUUGCACAUGUAUUUAUUUCCCCCAGGGGCAAGGCUAGCUGAUAGGGACUUGCCUCCGAAGAUGCAGACGAUAACUCUGCUGCCUUAAGGCUUUAUGUCAGGGUAAAUGCCUCGAAUGUCAAAAAAAAAAAAAAAACUUUUAUGUUCUCUCAAUGGCCUCACAGAGCUACUCCUGAACAGAGCUCUGCACAUGCAAGAAGUCUGUCGAGUAUUUUUCUAAAAAUGUAAACCUCUUUUUUUUGUGUGAGGUAAAAAGCCUUUUUGUAAAUAUGGACAUUAUGUUGGAUGCCAUGGGUGCUAUGAGUGGAAAGGAAUAAAUGAGAUAAAAGUGUCUUAUUGAGAUGACAUUGUAAAAGCACUCCAGAGAAAGAAUUUCCUGAAACAUUGUUGACAUUUCUGCAGAUUGCACCUAAGCCCGAGGGGGAAACUCAUAAAUCCUGGUGUAAUUAGCAUUCACCAACAGUUCUGAGAAGGUGGAAGCCGGUGGAGGUGUGCUUGUGCAUUAAAUGUUUGACCUCAGUUUAAAAUGGAUGGCUUUGAUUAUGAAAUAUCUGUCAAAGAGAGAAAAUGUGUGCUGGGAAGGGAAAUAUGACUUGAUGUUAUGGUUUUGAAUGUAUAACAGUAAAACCUUACAGUUGAAUGUCAAACAAAAACUCUUUAUUCAAGCCCUUUCAAACUUUAAUGUUUGUUUUUGAGUUUGUUUAAGUAAGUGUCAAUCCGGAAGAAAGGUAUUAGUGGGAAAACAAGUAAGAAUAAACUGGAUUUAAAUUUAGUCAAAGAACAUAAACCCAGGACUGAGUCCUGUGGGACUACUAUUGCAGGAUGAAUCCGAAGAACCUUUGUUGAUUGUUAUCUUGGCUGUACUGUAUGCAACCCCCUUCAUUGUGUUAAUUUCUGAUAUGGUUUAAUAGAAAAAAAAUGAAAAACUCAACUUAAAAAGGGCUUGCAAAGAAAUGCCCACCAUAUCUUAAGUCAACUUUUUUUCUGGUGUCGUUGAACGAAUGUCGUUGUUUUCUGCCAGAACAGUCCUCAUGAGACAUAUUUUUCUCUUGCUAACCCUGCUGGUAAAUACGUGAUGCAUGAGCAACUUAAGCAGCAAAUGUCUGAUGUCUUUGUCUCUCUGUAACUUGUAUCUAUUUGUCUGUUUUCGGAUGCCUUCAUAGUAAAAAACAAAAACAAAUCAUGACUGCCAUGUUGGCAUUUUUAGCUGAUAAAGGAGCUUGUUCGCAAAUAUUCAAAGAAUCAAAGAAAAAGACCAGUGUGCGUACAUCCAAGCAAAUUGCAUACAGGUGCAAGACAAAACAAGUAUAAAGUGCAGAAAAAAAGAGAAUGGUCCGCUCACUGUUAUUGUCAAAUCCAAAUUAUGAAAAGCAUUGUCAUUUUGCUGAUUAAUGACUUCGAGUCUAUAGGGUGACUACAUUUUUCAUGCAACAAAAUCACAUUGAAAGUCAAUAGCAAGAUGCAAAUUCACAGCAGAUGCAAAUGUGUGCUUAACGUCUGCAAAGCCAUUAAGCAUUUAGAUUUUCAUUAAUCCAACUUCAUUUCAACAAAGUAUUUUGAGAUUGCUUUCUUGUCUUCUUGCAGACAGACCUGACAAAACAUGCAUUAUUACUUUUUCAGAUCUGCCUAUUUCUGUGACUUGCUCAGUAAAACUUCAGACCUGUUUUUUUUUUUCAAUUGCUCACUGUAAACCAAAUCU